AUGGGGUUCGGUCGUUGGUGUCGGCAGCCAGUCAGCAGUCAGCGCUCGGCAAGUGAAGAUGUACACAGUGGUGUUUCUCGUGGCAGGCGUGGCCCUCGUGGCGGGUGUUCCUCAAGGUGGGCAGUUCACCCCAGAGCAGGUCGAUGGAAACAACCCAUUCCCCCAAGAACCGCUUGGUGUGGAAGGGGAGUUCUCUCUCGGUGGGCAGACUGGUACAUUCCCUCAGGAAGAUCUUGGUGCAGGUGACGACUUCUCUUUAAGUGGAAGUGACAGACGCACCCCAGGUGGGCAGCAGGCAGGCUCCCAACGACCCCAUAAUGCACAACGUGUGGGUUCUCAGAGACCCCAAGGAGGGCAACGUCAGAGUCCCCAAAGACCAAUUGGAGGCCAACACGAUUCUCAAGGGUUUAUUUGUGUGAAAGACGGAGUGUACGAGGACCCUAAGCAGUGCGACAAGUACUGGGUGUGUGAGGGUGGGGUUGCUAGAUCCCUCUUUUGCGACGACGGUCUUGUCUUCGACAUCUUCAAGGCUAACGUCGGAAGUGCAGAUCCUUGCGAAUCUCCUUACGUCGUCGACUGUGGUGAAAGGCUGCUGCUGCAGGAAGCCACGUACCCAAGUAAGUACUGCCCACGAGCUAAUGGCAUCUACGCUGACCCGGAUCCCCAAGUCUGCUUCAGGUUCUUCACGUGUAUCCAGGGAUUAUCCACCCCAACAGAUUGCAUUACCGGACUCCACUUCGACGAGACGACUGGACUCUGCAACUGGCCAGACAGUGUCGGGAGGACAGAUUGUGUAGCUGAUAAAGCGAAUACCUGCACCAAUAACGGCGCCUUCUGCUGCACUGGGGAACAGGUCAUCAACAAUCAGGGUGUGCUGCUCCCUCACCCGACCUUCAUGGACGCAGAAGACUGCCAGAAGUUCUACGUCUGCCUCAAUGGUCAGACCCCACAGGAGUCGUCGUGUAGCCUGGGUCAGGUGUACAACGAUAAGACCAUGAUGUGUGACUUCCCAGAAAAUGUCCCAGACUGUGUUGGGUGGUACAGAAACCACCCAGACCUCGCUGAGUACUACUACUAUGACGACUCUGCCGCUAACGUCGACACAGGUGUUGAGGACACCCCCGGGGUAGAGAUCGUCUCCUGAAGAAGAGGGUGAAAGUCGAGGAGGAAGGAAAGGCGUAUUAAUGUGUCCAUCCCGCCUCCAUUAGUGUCUUAUACGAUGAAAUACUCCAAGAGUCCAAUAUAUGCCUAGAUAGGUCUCGCUGUUUAUAUAUUUACUUUUUAUCUAUAUAUGUAUAAGAUACAUUAGUUUUUUUUAUAUCAAUGUCCAACAGCGUGUCUCAUCACUGUGUUACGUCAGUAGGUUAUAUCAGCCUAUAACGUUUUUGUGUCACAACACUAACAUUCGUUGUUGUAAUUGCCCCUUUGAUGCGCUUCUGUGCGACGUGUGUGUUAAGAGACAUUUUUUUUCUCCAAUAUAUUUGCGUUUUUGUGUUCUGCUAUAGACGACAUGCUAUUUAGGCUGUGUUAUGAAGUGUUAUUCACCGUUAUUCGUCCUCUCAGUUGAAAACAUUUUAGCCAGGAUGAGGAACGUACCGAGCAUGAACGUUCCUGCACCUGUUGUGACUAAUAAUGACAAACGAAUGUACUGUUGUAUCAUAAUGCAUCUUAUUCAGUUCUUGUGGAAUCUGACAUCACUUAAUAUCUACUGUUUUCUUUACUCUUGGUGUCUUGUUCAUAGACCCGAUACUUAACAUCCGUUAACAUUUGGCAUGACUGAGACAAGUAAUGAUAACUUACUUCAGGCUGUACUUGUAGAACUUUUCAACUUUAUUGUCAUUUCUAUCAUGCCUGUAAGCUUUGGUGACUCUGCUAUUAACUAGACUAACAUCUACGUUACAAAAGAAAAAUCACAAAAUGUCUAAACUGUACCAGAACUUCCUUAUUUCCUGCUUUAUUAGUGUUUUAUUUUCGUAUCACCACUUUUCAGCUGACCAAGAGGCCGUUUCUUAUCUGAUGCAUAUCGCCUCACACAGCAUGCCAACAACCUUAUGCCAUUUCCUUUGCAGUGUGGGUUGGUACGAGAACAACCCACUCUUCGACGUGGCGUAUGAUGAUGCUGAUGGUGACGGUAUCAGAGACUUCGGGGAUCGCAGGGACUUUGCCCAGACCUCCGUCAACUAAUUGUGUGUGUGUGUGUGUGUGCUUGUAUGUCCAACACCUCCCUGCACCUACUUUUUUUUAUAUGUACUGUCGUCUUUGCAUUGCACCUACAACAUCCCCCUCCUCACCAUUUGUCCUUUGCAGCAUUCUUCCCCCCAUCAACUGUACCUUGCAACAUCUCCCAUCACAUGUCGUUUCGACAAUCUCCUUCUGUCACUGUGUCUCAUACUGGGAACAUUGCAUGACCUCCGUCAUUUAAAUUGUUUUCUUCGUAACUCUGUCACUUGCAUGAUUAAUUCUAAAUUCCUGUAUCACUGAGGCUCAAGAGUGGAGAUGGACUGUUAUACUUGUCAUACUAGCUACAUAUAGUUAUACUGCGAGUUAUAUAUCUAUAUACCUAAUUAUACUUGGUUGUAUCAUCAGUUAUUUUAGGAAGAGUUACUUGCUUUGAUAUUGCAAGAUGUAUCAUAUGUCUUUCAAGACGAGGCAGUGGAUUCCCUCGUUAUGUAGCUUAUCAGUGGACAGGAAUCCUUAAUAAUACUUCAGUUGUCUGUUAGCAAAUUAAGUCUUAAUUUCUCUGUCUUCACCACUAUGUACAAAUACAAGAGAGAGACCCACGUCUCAUGGCAGCCAAAUUUAUGUACUCUGUUUCAAUAUAAUAUAUAGUUAGUUCAGUUAGGGUUUUAUUGGUUUAAAUAAAUGAUUGUUUUAACAUUGGGUGUCUUGCUAAUGUUGACAUUAAGUGACGUGACUGAAAAGAACAGAUAAAAGAUUGAGAAGCUUUUGUUUAGUGAUGUCAUGUCAACAAGUAAGAGGAUCGGAGGAAUAUUAGCAUGGGUUGAUAUUCUCACAGUGAUGUGUGUAGUCGAGUCAGGUAAGAGUUGUGUUUAGUGGUCUACAAAAAAUAACCUUAAAACUCGUGUUCAUUUUGGCUUAGAUUAGUAGACUCAUAUUUUGUAUGGUAAAUUAUUCAGAUUUAACAUCAUAUUAGUUACAGUUAAUUUGAUGAUAAAUUGGGACCCAGGUAUGAGAGGAAGGAUUAUGAAUAUGAUAAUCUUAGACUUGCAGGAGUUUAUAGUUUCGCUCCUUGACUGGAGAAAUACGAUUGUUUUGGUUGUUUUGAAUGUUAAGUUUCACCAAGGCUCACCUUCUCUUAACACUGUCCAACCUAUGAUGUUCUCCUGCACACGGGCUUAAGAUUUUCUGCUCAAAAAAUUAUAUUGGAUAUUUAUAAGAUACAUUUUCUGUGUUGAGUUGUUUAAGAUUUUUAGUUUAUUUGUAAAUAAAAUGUAUUACUUGUA